GUUGUUUCGAUUAACAUGACUUUUCACUUUCAGUUUGGAUUUAACAUGUUUCCGGAGAUUGUCAGACCUUUCAACAACCACUAUAGAUGUUUUUCUGUGUCAAUGUUACCGGGUACAUAUCGACGAGAUGUAGAACGUGGAGGGAAAAUAAUCAUGCCACCCUCAGCUUUAGAGCAUCUCACAAGAUUAAAUAUUAGAUUUCCUAUGUUAUUCAGAUUAAGUAAUGAAAAAACCAAUAGAAUUACUCAUUGUGGAGUUUUAGAGUUUGUUGCGGAUGAAGGAAGAGUUUAUUUACCUUGUUGGAUGAUGUACAAUCUUUUAUUACAAGAAGGAGAAUUAAUAAAUGUUGAAAGUGUAAAUUUACCUGUUGCAACAUUUUCACGUUUUCAACCACAAUCCGAAGAUUUUUUAGACAUCACAAAUCCUAAAGCUGUUUUAGAAAAUGGAUUAAGAAAUUUUGCUUGUCUUACAACAGGUGACAUUAUUGCUAUAAAAUACAAUCAAAGAAUAUAUGAAAUGUGUGUUUUGGAAACAAGACCAGGUCCAGCGGUCACUAUCAUAGAAUGUGAUAUGAACGUUGAAUUUGCACCACCAUUGGGAUAUGUAGAAAAAGAGACUAAAAAGGAUGAAAAUGUAGUAGAUCCUGCAGAUUUAAUGCCAGCACCAUCUGGUUUUGUGCCAUUCAAAGGAGAAGGUAAUAGACUAGAUGGCAAAAAACGUAGAGAUUUUGCAAAACCAGAAGUUACUACAAGUAAACCGGCUUAUGUUAGAGGAAUACCAGAUUAUGAUUAUAAAAUAGGAACACUUACGUUCUUGCGCAUUAGUAAACCUGUUAAUAAUAAAGAGGCAAAAGACCCAGAUGAAUUCAAAGCAUUCACUGGUGAAGGGUUUUCUCUUAGGAAAUCAAAAUAAUUAAAUAAUUGGUUUAUUUAUUUUCAUACAAUUACAUGUAUUUGUAAAAGAUUGCAGUGAGAAUUUUAAUUUACCAAAGGACCCCAGAAAUAUUUACUGGGUUUUGUUGGAUCUUCUGUUAAGAAGAACUCACGACCCAAUGUUAUGAAUUCUUCAAAGCUAAUUUUACCAUCAUCAUUAAUAUCAAUAUGACUGAAGGAAAUAACUGCAUCCUAUAAUAAAUAUUUCAGUUUAAUCAAUUCA